ACUUCACAUCUGGACUUACUUACUUACUCAGGGGGAAAUGGCUCUUCAGACCACCAGACUGCCGGAGCUGAGCAUCACGGUCGCUGAUGGCAACCAAAACUCCACCAAUGAAACGCAGUGCAUCAAUUUAGAUGACUGGGAUUGGCUGACCCGCAGCCAACCAGUCUACUUGUUCAUCAUCACGGCGCUGGGAAUCGUGUUGAACGCCUUUGUGCUGCUGGUCUUCUGCCUCCACAAGAAGGCCUGCACGGUGGCCGAAAUCUACCUGAGCAACUUGGCGGCCGCAGACCUUCUCCUGGUGUCCUGUCUGCCCUUCUGGGCCGUCCACAUCGGCAACGGUUUCAACUGGCCUUUUGGCGUGGCCCUGUGCAAAGUGGUCAACGCUGGCAUCAAGAUGAACGCUUACUGCAGCAUCUAUUUCCUCGUUCUGGUUAGCAUGGAUCGCCAUGUGGCGCUGGUGCAUCCCAUGUCUCACGGGAGAAUGCGUCGACCCAAGUAUGCCAAACUGGGAUGUCUGCUGGUGUGGGGCUUGGGUUUGUUCAUGAGUGCCCCGACGCUGGUCUUCAGGGCGGUAAGGUAUUUCCCAGACUUUGAUGUGCAAGCUUGCUUCUUGGAUUAUCCGAGCCACACGGUAGAGCUGAUCUGCGACGGGAUGCUGAUCAUCUUUAGCUUCAUUAUCCCAAUUUCCAUCAUCGCCUUCUGCACAGUCACGAUCAUCCGAGCGUUAAAGAAACAGUCGGUUGCGAGGUUCAACGCAGAGAAGAGUGAGCAGAAGGCCACUACACUGGUGCUGGUCGUCCUCGUGGUCUUCCUCAUCUGCUGGGUGCCCCUUCACUUCACUACCGUGCUGGAUGUGCUCCAUAGAACCAACGUCAUGGGAGGAUGUCGCCUCGAAGCAGUCAUAGCCAUUUGCAACCAGAUCUUCGCCUACUUGGCUUUCUUCAACAGCGUCAUCAACCCCAUCUUGUAUGUCAUUGUUGGGAAAAAUUUUCGGAAGAAGGUCCAGGAAGUGUGCAAGCAGUGGGCCGUCAGUACAGUGACGACGGCAUCCACGCGUUCAAAUACUUCCGCAACACUGAGAACAUUCACCUAAGGGUAGUUUCAGGUACAAAAAGGCCUCCUUGAAUCCCUUCGGGGAAAAGAACUCUCAUUCCAGUCACAGUGGUGUGGGAAUGGCAUUCCUAAAUGGAUGCUCAUCUCAGCCCAAAGGGAUUUUUAUAUUUUUUAAAAAAGCUGGAAAGAAUGGCUACAAACCAGAAAAUUUACAGUAGUCUUACAAAUUUGUUAUAGUCUUACAGAACUAUACGAUUUAUUUUAAGAUGACACAUUUUAGCUAGCUAACAGGCACAGCAACAUUUCUGUUGUAUGUUUGGGUGUUGCUUUUGUUUCCUUGGUGGCAGAGAAACGACAUGAUUAGACAAAAAAAGAAAACACAUGAGACAGCUUUAUUUGUGUACAUUCAUUUUGCAUGUGAAAACUAUUAAAUUCCAUUUUUAAAAAAUACAAACUAAUACAAAAUGUGCAAUGUAUUAAAAUGCUAUCCCUCCUUGGCUCCAAAUUACGCUUUUUUCACCCAAAAAAUACAAGAACAUCUCCUAGCAUUAGUUACCUGAUAGUGAUUUCAGAGAAUAGAUGUACAAAAAAUGUCCAUAUUCUUUACAAUUUCGAGUUAAACUGAAAGAAAUUUGUGUUUGGCUCUAAAAGGGGUAGUAGUGGCUGCCAUUCACUCAUUCAUUCAUGACUUGUGCACAGGCACGUGCCCAUAGUGUGAGAGCACAUCCACGUACACGCAGUCGCUUUCAUACAGAACCUUUGUUGGCCGAGUGGUUAGCAACUUGGCCUCACAGUCGGGAGACUGAAAGUUGAAACACCCGUGCAGGCAUGUCUGUGUGGUGUUUGCAUGUUGUCCUUGCGCGCGCUUUCUCCGGGUGCUCCAACAAUUGGGUACUCUAAAUUGUCCAAAUGAGUGAAUGUGAGCGUGAAUGGUUGUUUGCCCUGCAAUUGGCUGGCGACCAGUCCAGGGUGUACCCCGCCUCUCGCCAAAGUCAGCUGGAAUAGCCUCCAUCUAACCAGUAACCCCAAUGAGGAUAAGCGGUACAGAAAAUGGAUGGAUGGAUGAAUUUAGAACAAUGACCAACGAUUUUUUUGGACAUUUUGGAAAACAGUGAAACCCCAAUUUGUCAAACUGUCAAAACUACCGGCCACUUUACAAUACUUCAAAAACAGGCAUUUAGCAAAUGUCCUCACUUUGACCUAUGUCUUUUUUGUACUUCCUUCUUAAUUCAUGGUGUCCACAAUGUAAAGAAGAUGCCUUUUCGCCAAAGUUAGCAUGCUAAUGAGCUACUAGUGCGGUGUAAAACCUGCUUGGUUGCUGUAAAACACAUAAAAUGUUAAAAGUAUGCAAAAUUCCCACUUUAAUUGGCAUGGGUGAAGAAAUUAAAGACUCAAAGUCCGCCUAUUUUUUUUUUAAUUUAAAAACACAUUUAAACCUCAAGUUGAGGAGCAAAGAACUAAUGACUGCUCUUUUUUUUGGCCUUUCUGACUCACUGUCCGCUGACAAAGUUUCCAGGGAUGACACACCAUCACGUCUCUUUUUUUUCCUUCUCCGAACAUCAGUUGUCUCGUGGUACUUUUUUUCUUUCCCUGCACUACACCAGAAAUAAGCAGCCCACUCAAUGUUGACUCAGAGGUCUGAGGGAGGGUGCGUACACAGACGCUCCUGACUCGCCCCAAAAUAAAGGCAAGGCGGACCAAAAAGACAGCCAGGCUUCAACCACCACAUUGUGAAUGUUAAAAAUGGUUGUGAAAUACCACUGGUGUAAAUAAAGUUACCUCAAUCAAUUAAAAAAAAAUGCCAAAUAUAUGCAUUGUUUGUUUACUGCAGAUAUUUAUGUGAUGAUUGUGCAAGCAUGUAUUCUUCCUGUGUAUGUACUGUACCAUAAUGCAAGUACAUUUGUGUUUGUG